AUGCUCUUGGCCAGCCCAACCGCUCAAGAUUCGGAAGUGCUUCUUGAGCGGAAAUGCUGUCACUCUGGCCGUAUCAAAGACCAAGGCUUCGAAGACUGUGUCCGGAAGUGUUCACACGUCGAGAAGGCCCAAGUCGACUUCAUAACCUGGAUGGAUAUCCACCCCUCUACGAUCAUGCUGCAUACGGCUAUCAGCGCCAUGCAAACCCGAGAGCUGCAGCCACUACGCGCCUACUUGCAUCGAUGUCCGGAAGUGUUCAUCGAAGCUCGCAGCGCGCGUUUCCGUUUGUUUGCACGCCAUGUCAACGGCAGCCAGGUCCUCGAUGCACACCUAUGGACCGAAGGACACGUUCAUGGGUUGAGAACGCUGUUCAACUUUGCGCCUCGGCGCAAACGAGGAUUGCCAUCUUGGUCACGCAACGACACUGUGCGCUGUACGAGUCACACCAUCAUCCGGCCGGGCCGGCGACACAACUCGUCAAAUUCUGCAUGGGUCACGUGA